AUGACUUCUAACUUUCAAAAAGAUUGGCGUGAUCUUGACGAUUCCUUAGCGCUGGAUGUCACACUCAUCGAGUCAGUCUUUUAUCAACUUUGUAAGCGUAAGCGCAACCAGCGUUUAGACUUGAAGUCAUUUGAAGAUGAAGAAAUGACACAAUUUGAAAAGAAAAUGUUUUCAAAAGCGGACGUGCUAUCUGCAUUGGAAAAAACCGACGGAUAUCUUGAAAAGCGUCCGUGGUUGCGGGUGCUGCAUACUCAAUUGGCCUGCAUAUCAAUUUCUAGAGAUGGUUUGACCUUGCAAGACUUUUUGUGCUCUCGUCAACGAGAUCGCACUGUGUGUUUGAGCGAUAUUCGGCGUCAGCUGGAGACCAUUUACGCUAACGCUAAACGCUCAAAAGAGAUUGAAGACAAGCACAAGGCUUCUGUCAAUCACGCCCGAGCUGUGUCACCAUGGUGUGUCUAUAAUUUUAAAUGGCUACACUCUUCACCAGCUAAACAGCUUUACAAUGUGCACCCGAUACCUCAAGCGAAAACGAAACUACAAUUAACGGCUGAGGUAGUAGGGAGUCAAGCGCGAGCCAUUGUGAAUGCAAUAGUGGGGCUAGCAUUGGACAAAUUAGUAGCAUUUUAUCUUACUCAAGGUCUCCCAAAUGAGAUACAGACUGAUCGACGUCUAGCUGUGGGCAUUUUGAGCUUGAAACCAAGCAGACAACGAGAUGUGAAACUUAAUUGCGAGCGUGAAACGAAGUUGCAAGCUCUUCGACUCGAAUUGUUCGCUCCCACUGCUAAAUUUCUAGUGGGUAAUGGUAAAUUAAAGGGUCAGAAUAGCCUCCAACAAGUACUGAUGGACUUGGCGAUGGUGGAAACUCAGGGCGAUCCUCACUUGGCACAUUUACUGUUAGAAAAUAAAAUCGUGCACUCUGGGCUUAGUCGUGCAGCUGAACAAGCUCAGCGUCUUAGGAUAAAAGGUCAAACGUGGGCCAUUGUAAAGCUUUGGCGUGACCUUCAUCGCGCACCAACUUUGCAAGCCAUGAAGACGGCAUCCAAGAGCAUAUAA